GAGAACAGAGGAGGGGCGGCCUGGGGAGGGGGAUAACCGUGGCAACGGCAUAGGAGAGAGGAUAUUUAAUACAUCUCGCACAUGUAACUGGGGAAAGAGCAAGAGCAGCAGCAUCAUCCUCCGCACACAGCCGCCGCUCAGGGUCCUGGAGAACAUUUUUUUCCAUACAUAUUCCUGUCUCUCUUAGUCUGCCCUCCAGAGGUGACUCCCAGCUAUUACAUCAGGAUGCUGGUGAAAGAGUACCGCAUUUGUAUGCCACUCACGACAGAUGAGUACAGGAUUGGGCAGCUGUACACUAUCAGCAAGCACAGCCACCAGGAGAGCGAGCGAGGGGAGGGAGUGGAGGUGGUAGAGAACCAGGCACAUCAUGACCCUGUCUACGGCGCUGGACAGUACACAGAAAAACGGGUCCAUCUGUCAAGCAAAUUACCAGGCUGGGCCCGGGCCGUGGUUCCCAGGAUGUUCUACAUAUGUGAGAAGGCCUGGAACUACUAUCCUUUCACAGUGACAGAAUACACAUGUUCUUUCCUUCCUAAGUUCUCCAUCCACAUUGAGACAAGGUAUUCUGAUGACUGCGGAGACGAUGACAGUAUAUUUAACGCAAACGCGGCAGACGAAGGGCACGAGGUGUCACACCUGGACAUUGCGUACGAUGAGAUUCCAGACAGAUACUACAAGAGCACAGAGGAUCUGAGGCAUUUCGUCUCCAGCAAGACGGGGCGGGGGCCUCUCCAGGAGGGCUGGAGGUGCCAGGCGCGGCCUGUUAUGUGCUCAUACAAGCUGGUCAAUGUCAAGUUUGAGGUCUGGGGCCUUCAGACGCGAGUCGAGCAAUUUGUGCACAAGGUGAUCCGGGACCUGCUGAUCGUGGGGCACCGUCAGGCCUUCGCAUGGGUGGAUGAGUGGUACGGAAUGAACAUGACUGAAGUGCGGGAGUUCGAGAAGGAAACACAGGCAGCCACCAAUGAGAAGAUAGGUCCAGUGGCACCAACCAUUACCAUCACCCCAGAGUGCCACUUCCCAGCCAUCCGCAGCGCCCCUGCCACCCCCAUCACAGGAGACCCCCCGGAAUUCCUCACCCUCCCUAAAGACAGACAACGCAAGACCUCCGCCCCAGAUACCCUCACCCUGCCAGAACUGAGGGAGCGGGCCAACGGCCCUCCCAGCCACUUGACUCCCACAAACACCGACAGCUGAAAUCCAGGCGUAACCUCCACAUCUGCUCUCCCUCCACAGGGGUUACCCCUUCCCUACCCAGGAGAAGUCCAAAACAAAUGAUAAUCCCGGACACACACCUGAAGAAGCCAACCCUCCAACAGAACGGACCCUUACUCAAAGAUGACCUACUUGGAAUUGGGCAAAAAAAUAAAAUAAAGAGUUGGCUUCUUCACCGCACAGCGAUGGGCACUUUAAAACGUAUCUUUGAUCCGCUCGACCAUUUAUACGAGUCAGAAAACAGUGUGUGCUCAGCACCAAGUCAUUCCGAAUUUGUGGAGUUGGAAAAAUAUAAACCGCCGGCUACAGAAUUACGGUGACUGGCUGGUGUCUAUGUGCCUAUUGCUUUGUAGCUGGGUUUCGGGUCUGCUGUGCAGUGCUUGUCGGGACUGGUGGUUUAUAUAUCUGUAAUGGUUUUUCAUUUGUCAUUAAAUCAUGGAUGUUUUUAGAGU